UUAAAUAAAAAAAAUAAAGAAAAAAAAUGAGAGUUCUCAACUUCAUGUGGUGGAUACCUUUAAAGGUCAUGAAAUCUGGUGCUUCCCUUUUGAAUUUGGUAUGAAAAUAUAUGAAUAUUAAUUUGCAUUUUUCUUUUUUCUUGAUCUUUUUAUGGUAAAUGUACUAUCCGAUUUCUUGGGAAAAAAAAAAAUUCAGGAAUCAAGAAAUGCAGAGACGAAAAAUCCAAGAAGGAGGCCACUCCACACGUGCGGGUCCACGUGUUUGGCCAUGGCCCACAAAGCAUGCACAAAAGCACAAGAUCUCGACGGACCAUUUGGAACAACGGCCAAACGAGCAAUUGCGUUCGCAACUUAUUUCACCCCAUUAAUUUACGGAAUGUUCCGUCAAUGGCUCUCCAUGCUAUCUUUCAUAGACGAUCAAAUCCUCAUCUUCGAACGAAUGGCCGAGAUCGUUCUCCCCCCAUGCACACCUCUUUUCGACAAAAUCGACUCCCUACUUUGCUCCGCGGAAACCCUACCCGAAAACCUCGAUAGUAUCAUAAAAAAAUUCCCCACGAUAAUUCACAACAAAUUCCCUUUUCUUGAUUGGAUCCUCGUUCAUCUCAUCUCACGAUUGAAUUGUCUUCUCUCGAUUCUAACACAUUUUGGAUCGAGAUCGACGGGCGACACUAGGGAGAAGGAGAUCAAGAUUGAUGUAAUGAACUCCAAUGAAAAUAGUAACAACAAAAAUAUUUAUAACAAAUCGGGAGAAAUGGUGGAAGACGAAAAAUCGAGUUUGAAAUCAUGCGAAGUGCUCGUACAAAAACCGGUGACGAGGUUGGACUCUUUGAAGAAGAGGCUUAGGGCGUCGCUCGAUCCAGAUGCCUUUUGUGAUGCGGAUAACUCUCCGAUGUACUCCUCGUACCAGUCUGCGAACUCGUCUCCGAUUUCCGACUACACGCAGUUCGAGACGUACCCGUUUAGCCAAACGGGCCGACCCGAUUCGAUGAACUGCUCUUACAAGGAAGUGCUCGAGAAGGGGAAGAAGGAAGACGAGGAUACGGUAGAGGAUAACUCGACGACCGAUAUUGAUCAUACUAUGUAA